AUGGUCUCGACACGUUCCCUCCUCCUAUUCUCCCUUGCCUCACUCUCCUCACUCGUAUCUGUCGUCUCAGCAGAGGCUUCCUUCUUAUAUCCAACAAGCAGCGAAGUCUUCCCGAUCGGACAACCCAUUACAAUACGAUGGCAAUCCAACUACACGAACACUCCAAUGUCCUUGUCAUAUUGUCGGGGCGCAGCUGAGGAUUGUCAAUACCUCUUCACUGACCAGCGAAAUCUAGAAGAGUUUACUUGGACCCCGAAUGAUAAUGUGCCGCUUCGUAAGGACUAUUUCUUUUUCCUGGCCAUAGCAGCACCGGUUCCUGAAUACUCCCCUUCGUCAAAAUUCGAAAUCGUCCCUGCAUCUAGUUCUACAGCCGGUCCAGCUUCAACCUCGGGUUCUGGAACAGCGCCUACAGAUGGAGCAGCAGUUACUACUGGACCUUCGCGAACCGGGACUUCAGUCCCUGACGCAUCAGGCGAUUCAACAUCCAAUGGCACUAUCAUUGGUGCAGCUGUCGGUGCUGUUGCUGGUGUUGUCAUCCUUGCCAUUAUUGGGUUCAUUUGGAUGCGAAAACGCAAUCAAAAGAAACUCGCUGAAGCACGCCGAAGCAUGGGCCAAGAUGAUGUUGAAGCCGGCGAAAAGAAGAAGCUAGGUGGUGCUGGUAAUGGUGCAGCGGUUCUCGCUGCUGGUGAUAAGAAGAAGGCAGCAGAUGAUGAAACAUUUGCCCCGUCUGGUGAUAAGAAACAAGGCUACGCGGGUUCCUCCAACGAAUUUGCGAUGGCAGAAUUACCAGCCGUUCAGCAAGAGGUAUUUGAAAUGGCAGCUGUUCCGGCUUCGGGACCUAGUGGUGCUAGCGGCAACGGCGGGGCGCAUUUCUUCGCAAUGGAGUUGGAUUCUCGAGAAAUCCCCCGACCUGGGUCUUCGACCGUCAAGCCCGACAACGAUCCAACCUCGAAACCAUCUACCCCAGCAGUUGUCAAACAUUCCAUGGAUAAGGGUGAAGGCCGAGGCGUCUCCAUUGAUGGUACUACCGUCAACAGCGAAACGGAACGACCUACAUCCAUGGGAUCCAUCGAGCAGAUCAAGGAAUCGUCGCGAGAGGGCUCUCAAAGGGACUUGACACAGCAAGACGAGUCGUCUGCACCUCGCACACCCGCCCCGAACACACCGGGCGAAGAUAGCAAUGGCGCCGGGCCAAGCAACAACAGAGAUAGCACACCACAAAUCGGCAGCAUCCCCAAGCUAGGUGGUUUCGAUUUUGAUACCGCCAAAUUCUAA